UGUUCACAAAACUGCAUUGAUAUGCCAGGCUACUACAUUUGUGAUUGCUUUAAUGGUUUUACCAAGCUAUCAAAUGGGACAUGUAAUGAUAUCAACGAAUGUGAUAAUGGCCAAUCUGGCUGUGAGCAGAUCUGUUUGAAUGUUCCAGGGAGUAGCUACUGUGGUUGUUAUCCUGGUUAUAGAUUAAAGGAUGACAGAAAGACAUGUGAAAAAGAUGCAGUGGAUCCAUGCAUCAAUUCUAAUUUAAGCUGCAGCCAUGGAUGUACAGUUAUUAAUGGAACAGCCCAGUGUUUUUGUAACAUUGGCUUUAUACUUAGCACUAAUAAUUUUGAAUGCAUUGCAACGACAAAUACAUCAAGGAAUGAUUGUAUCAAUUACAUUAAAAACUAUCAAGAGUAUGUGGAAUGCCUAAUUAUUAAAGGCAAGACAACGGCAACAAUGCAGACAACAACUACAGUCAAACCAACUACAACCACAACAAAAUCAUCUACAACAAUACCAACUACAAUAGCAACUAAACUAACAACAACUACGACCAUACCAACUACAAUGAAAGCAACAACAACUACAAUGAAACCAACAACAACUGCAGUCAAACCAACUACAACCACAACAAAACCAACUACAACAAUACCAACUACAACAGCAACUAAACUAACAACAUCUACAAUAAAACCAACAACAACUACAUUCAAACCAAGUAAAAUCACAACUAAAAAACCAUCUACAACAGUACCAACUACAACUACAACAACAAGUAAACUAACAACAACUACAACCAUACCAACUACAUCCAAAACAACAUCUAUAACUAAACCAACAACAACUACAGUCAAAUCAACUAUAACCACAACAAAACCAUCAACAGCAAUACCAACUACAACAGCAACUAAACUAACAACUCCAACCAAACCAACUACAACAAAACCAACAACAACUACAACAAAACCAAGAACAACUACAACAAAACCAUCUUCAACAAUACCAACUACAACAACAACUACAAUGAAACCACCAACAACUACAGUCAAACCAACUACAACCAUAACAAAACCAACUACAACAAUAACUAAACUAACAACAUCUACAACCACACCAACUACAACCAAACCAACAACAACUACAAUGAAAUCAACUGCAACAACAAUAAAACCAACUACAAUGACAAAUAAAUCGACAACAACUUUAGCCAAACCAAACACAACUGCAACUAAACUAACAACAACUACAAUCAUACCAACUACAACCAAAACAACAACUACAACAAAACAAACAACAACUUCAGUCAAACCAACUACAACCACAAGAAAACCAGCUACUACAAUUCCAACUACAACUACAGCUAAACUAACAACAGCUAGAACCAUACCAACUACAACCAAACCAACAACAACUACAAUGAAGCCAACAACAACUACAGUCAAACCAACUACAACCACAACAAAACCAACUACAGCAAUACCAACCACAACUACAGCAUCAACUAAACUAACAACAACUACAACCAUACUAAUUACAACAAAACCAACAACAACUACAAUAAAACCAACAACAACUACAGUCAAACCAACUACAACCAAAACAAAACCAUCUACAACAAUACCAACUACAACAAUAACUACAAUGAAACCACCAACAACUACAGUCAAACCAACUACAACCACAACAAAACCAACUACAACAAUAACUAAACUAACAACAACUACACCACCACCAACUACAACCAAACCAACAACAACUAGAAUGAAAUCAACUACAACAACAAUAAAACCAACUACAAUGACAACUAAAUCGACAACAACUUUAGCCAAACCAAACACAACAACCACAACUAAACUAACAAAGACUACAACCAUACCAACUACAACCAAACCAAAAACAACUACAAUGAAGGCAACAACAACUACAGUCAAACCAACUACAACCAAAACAAAACCAUCUACAACAAUACCAACUACAACAAUAACUACAAUGAAACCACCAACAACUACAGUCAAACCAACUACAACCACAACAAAACCAACUACAACAAUAACUAAACUAACAACAACUACACCACCACCAACUACAACCAAACCAACAACAACUACAAUGAAAUCAACUACAACAACAAUAAAACCAACUACAAUGAAAACUAAAUCGACAACAACUUUAGCCAAACCAAACACAACAACCACAACUAAACUAACAAAGACUACAACCAUACCAAAUACAACCAAACCAAAAACAACUACAAUGAAGGCAACAACAACUACAGUCAAACCAACUACAACCACAACAAAACCAGUAGCAAUAUCUUAUAAUACUUGGAGUCUAAUUGAAUAA